AUGGACGGCGUUACGGGUGGCGCCAUCGCCAUGAUAAUUCUCAUGAUCCUCCGCAUCAUCUGGGACUUUUGCGGCAUGUGCAGCCAUCCACAAAGGGCCAACAUCCAAGACCCGAGCAAUAUUGAAAUGCAAGACAUGAGCGGCAAGGAGAGGCCGACUUCGACCCAACACGAUGCCCUGAUGGACGAAAUGGCCCAGCAAGAGGCCAGGAACAACACCUCUCGACCGGAUCCUUUUGCCUGGAGCAAGCUGAUGCAGGUGCAUCACCGCCCUUCCCUCCCGGUCGCCUCUGUUCCAAGCAGCCGGGAUGUGAGCAAGGGCAAGGGAAAGGGCAAAGAACCGCUUGUCGCCCCACCACCGCGGGUGUUCGACUGGACGGGAACAAACGCCAUCAGCGAUGAGGAGCUUGACAAUGCCGGCGAAGGUUCCAGCAGGGGCGCGCCUCGCCGUUCAAGAUAUAGAAACAGCCACUACUACAACUGGGUGUGA